CGAGCCAUGAGAUAGCACCGGCACAAAAUGAGCGCGAUUGAGGCGCUAUACAUCUACGACGAGCACAACACUGUGCUGUUCAACCAUGUCUACACAGGCCGACCAGCUGCAGCAUCCAUAGUCCUCCCGCUCUACCUCCAGCAUGAAUCGCCGCGACCGAGCGUGAUCCAAAUCACUUCUACCAAUCCGCCAACGGUCCUCUUUUCAAUCGUUCAAGACAAUCUGCUCUUCCUGUCGCCAGCCACCAACCAUGUUGAGCCACUGGUUGUCCUCGAAUUUCUGCACAGGGUUGCAGAUGCUCUGGAAGAAUUUCUGGGAAGUCCAUUGAUUGCGACAAAGCUUUCAGCAAACUAUGAUAUUGUUGCACAGGUCGUGGCCGAAAUGGCCGACUCUGGUGUCAUCUGUCAAGGCGAAGCAAAUGCGCUGCGAGAUGUCGUAGAGACAGGCCCAGGUGUGCUCAAGAAUCUUUUAGGAGGUGUUGGAAUCCCUGGAGCGAGUCCUGCAUUUGGUCCAGCAGGAGGUCUCUCAAGAACACUACAGCCUGCUCAGAGCGCACAAGGAUCAGCAGUUCCAUGGCGGCGGAGCAAUGUGAAGCACACGAGCAAUGAAUUAUACGUGGACAUUGUAGAGUCGCUAUCUGUGACCAUGGCGCCGUCAGGUCGAACUCUAUCAGCCUUCUCGCAUGGCAGUAUAGCUUUCAACUCCAAAGUUAGUGGGGUGCCAGAUCUGCUGCUGAGUCUAAGCACAGGCGGCAAAGGCGCUGGGAUGGGCACGCGCGGCGACCAGUUACGAAUGGUGAUGGAGCGUGUGGUACUUCACCCAUGCGUCCGAUUGAGCAGAUGGAAGAGUGAGGGCGUUCUCUCAUUUGUCCCUCCUGAUGGACGUUUCGCACUUUGUGGCUACGAAGCAGACCUGCUAGGCCCAGAAAUAAACUUCAGCACUUCGAGAUCAUCUUCGAACAAGCUGGAUCUUCCAGCGACCAUUGAGAUCACUACUGGACUGGGACACUCGGGUGCAGACUUCGAGGUUCGUGCGAGACCAUCGUCCAUAGGCACAUCAGCAGCAGCCGCUUCGCUACAGUCUCAUCUCAGCUCAUCAGGUCGAGCCGGUGGCUCAGCUUUCAGAGGACCUACUGGCGACUCCAAGGCGCCUGCACUGGAGGACUUGACUGUGCACAUACCACUUCCCGCUACUGUGAGGAACUUGAGCGACAUUCGCCCUACCAAAGGUGAAGCUCACUGGAGUCCAGCUGAUGGUAGCGUGGAAUGGAGAAUACCGCCCAAAGACUUCGGUCCUGGCGGAGCAGUGCUCAGGUGUACUGUGCAAGGGCCAUUGCUCGACGAUGGCGAAGAGGGUAAUUCUAGUGUUGUCAAUGGUAUGAGUGCUACGACUUACGAUUACGAUAACGACGAAUCGAGCGCUCAGCAAGCCAAAAAUGGCGGAGUCGAUGCUGGCUUAAAUGGAUACGACCCAAGCAGGCGUGAUAGGAACGCCGAACUCAUGCCCAGCUCUGCUACCUUGAGCUUCAGUGUGAAAGGAUGGUUAGCGAGCGGUUUAAAGGUUGACAGUCUACUCCUGGACACCAAGAAGAGUCGUGGUCUUGGACCAGAUGUAAAACCGUACAAGGGAGUCAAGUAUCUUACAGUGAGUAGGAAAGGCGUGGAGUUAAGAUGCUAGAGUGUCAGCA